UAUAUCUACAACAAUUCAAUCCUGACACCCCGGCGCGUUUCGUCUUUUCCCUUUGGACUUGUCAGGGCCGGCAUUCAUGCCCAUUCUGCAACUGAGGACAACGGACACGGGCUGAAUAACCGGGUUCCUCUGGCGUGAGAGCCGGAGCUGGAUCAUCUGGGCUGAUCGCGCUUAGGUCCAUGUGGAUGGAGAAAGAGUACGCAAAUAAAGCGAGCGGAGCUCUUUCCGAAAUGUGACAUUUUUUGUCCUGUCUCCCAUCACACUUGACUACUGUGCAUCUGCCUUCGUUCUCCAUUGGAUUUGUUUACAUCGAUUAAGAGAUGGCGUUCCACCCAGUCCUCCUCCUGCUGCUGCUGACUGUUACCCAUCGUGCCAACAGUCAAGACUCGGAUGACUCUGAGGCUCUCCCAAGAGGCUGUGGCUGGGGCCUUGUGCGUCCCUACACCCUCCUCUGUGACCUGGACUCCAUAUGGGGUGUGGCUGUUGAGUCAGUGGCUGCUGGUGGGGUGCUGGCUGCCCUCUUGUUAGCCUUAGUCCUGCUGUGCCGCUUACACCACAUUAGUGAGGCUGAGAAGCGUAGUGGCGUUGGACCCAUCCUCCUGCUUCUCCUGGGCAUCCUUGGUUUGUUUGGCCUGAGCUUUGCUUACCUGAUUGAGCAGGAUGAGUCAUUAUGUCUGCUCCGCAGGGCCUUGUGGGGUCUCCUUUUUGCUGUUUGCUUCUCCUGCUUGCUGGUGCAGGGUGUCCGUUUACGCAGGCUGGGCCGGGAGCGCCGGAGCCCUGGUGGCUGUGCCCUAACAGGCCUGGCGCUGGGUUUGAGUGCUGUGCAGGGCAUCAUUGCUGCCGAAUGGCUACUUCUGACGGUGCUGAGGGAGGGACGAGCUGCCUGUCAGUACCUGCCUCUGGACUUCUCACUAGCCUGCAGCUACGUGCUAGCCCUCCUACUAGCUGCGCUGACUGCUGCCUCCCUGGCUCUGUGUGGGAAGACACCUCAGUGGCGCUGCAAUGCUGUCUGGCUGCUGGUGACCUGUCUGCUGUCACUGCUGCUGUGGGUGGCCUGGGUGGGCUUCUAUCUGUAUGGCAAUGCCUGGCUGGGGAGGUCCCCAGACUGGAAUGAUCCGGCACUGGCCAUCGCUUUAGUAGCUCAGGGCUGGCUGCUGCUGAUCUUCCAUGCCAUUCCUGAAGCCCACAUCUGCCUGAGACCUCCGCCACAGCCCACUGCCCCGGAUUACUUUGACACCUCCCAGAACUCGACACGGAUGAGGGAGACCAGCUUUGACGAAGAUAUCCCCCUCUCUCACAGGCAGUUUGUCGAGAACCAGGGCUACGGAUACAGCGACGAGAACACUGCAGGCUUGAGGAGUGGUGGCAGUGCCGGGCAACACAACAGCAACACCGGUGCCAGGCCAAGCGCUCCUUUCCGCAGCAAUGUCUACCAGCCCACCGAAAUGACCAUGAUCCUGAACGGGGGAGCGGUCCCCUCUGCCCCUCCAACCUACACAGGGAGGCAGUUGUGGUGAGCGAGAGGAUUGGAUAGAGGAUGUGUGGUAGAAAAUGAAGAGGAUGGAGAGGGUGAGGAGGGAAGGAUCCAGGAUGAGGGGCCAGCCUGAUUGGAAUGAACUUAAAACAUGGGUGCCAACAGGGCCCUUUCACCCUGUGUACAGACUGGGGACUUGAGCACUGACUUUGUGCCAAUCAACUACUGUAUGUGUGUGUGUGAGACUGAGAGAAUGUAGGGUAUGGAGGACAGAGCUAAAGUUUUCUGAAGCUCUUCUAGCACACAAAUCUCUAUAGAAGGGUUAAAAAAGAGCUUGAAAUAUGACCAGCAAGUGAAACAAGAACAUGCAGAUUUGAAAGAACCAACAUGCAGUAUUAUUUUUGUUUAAUUUGCUCUCCUGAGACUAUAGCACUGUAAAGCAUCCUUGAAAACUGUGAAAUCUAUCCCUUUUUUUCUCUUUCUGUUCUAUUUCUCAUCCUGCCAGUCAGGAUGCAUUUUCUGCUGCUCCUCACAAUGUUGGUGCCCAAGUAGAAACAUUUGGCUCUGUCCUCCAUCCAUCCACAGUAUAGGUGAAGACAGAGCACAUGGGCAACUGUACAGCUUGAGCACCGCCCUCUCAAAAAGAAUCCAGCCUCUGUGGAUGUGUAUGUGCAGGAUAUGAGAGAGUGAAUGUGUGUGUGUGUGUGUAUUCCCUGCAUCUCAACUCUUGUCACCUCAACAAGCCUUCCCUCUCCAGACUGUUACCCCCAACCCUCUGGCUUCCUCCUCUUUCCCAAUCUCUGUUUCCAGCCUGCAUUUCUCUGCACCGUUUGUGAAUAUAACACAUAACUUCUCUCACUUUGCCUCAUCCUCCUCUCACCUGCAUGGACACAAAAAUGUGAAACAAGCUGUGAAGCCCGAACUGUGAUCAGCGUCAAAGUCCCUGUGGCCACAGAUGCAACAAAAGCAGCCUGGAGCACCUGAACAGAAGGACUACAAGCUGCUAAUGAACUGCUGUUAGAUAUAUGAUGGAGUAGAGUGGAUUCUGAUUGGAUGAGGAGGUCAUCAGUCAUCAGUGGGGAGGCGCUGGUCCAUGAAUCUAGGUCAGACUGCUUUGCUCUCCCACAUCUCCGGUGGCCACUGGCGGUUUGAACCAGCCAGGAGAAACUGUCACUUUAUAUCAGCAGGAAAAGGAGCAAGGAAAUGAAAUGGUCUCCUGUUCUUUGUUCCUCUAUCUGUGUUUAAGUGUGCAUAUGUGUUGUGAUUUUCUGUGUGUUGGGGAGUUGAUGGAAAAAUUCAGUCAAGGUUGCUUUCUGGUGCUAAAUUUCUUUCUUAUUACUCCUCCACACAACUUCCGAGUGAGGCGCAGGAGUGCAGAAACAACACUGACAAGCAUUAAUACAGAUACAAUAGUCAAACUGUGAGCGGCAGACUAUAUUUAGAGCGGUGGCUGGUGUGUGGAGAUAUCCUAGAGCCUUAGAAAGAUCGCAUUUACAGAGCAAGGUAAAAAGAGGGAGAUCAAACAUAAGCUCAUGCAGAGGAAUGGAGGAGGAGGAGGAGAAGGAGGAGGAGGAGGAGGGUGGAGAAAGGAGAUAGCAAAAGAAGGUCCAAGGGGAGUCUAUGCAAAGUAAAAUCUCUGUGACUUCCUUCAGUCAGCCUCCGAUCUGUGUGAGAAAAUGGCUCCCUGGUCCAUCUGUGUGUUUGUGCAUGAUUUGGGGGGGGAGCAGCCGCGCUGCUCCGCUCUGUGUGGUUGUCUUCUUUAUCUGGUGAAGCGUCUCUCCCUCCUCCUCUUCACCCUCCUCCCGUCUCUCUGUGGUCGGCGAGCUGAUUUCUCUGUGCCAAGAGGGAGUCUUGUUUCACUGGAGUCUCUGUUUCACGCCCUUUCCCUUCAUCAUGACACCGGCUCUCUCUUUCACCCGAGAAGCUGUGUACAUAGUAGUGCUGUAAAGCUUUGCUUGCUUGAUUACUUUUUUUUAACUGUAGGCUGAGUUUAGACACCAGUGUCAUAUGACCCACUGGAGCAGUGACUACUGCAAACUGUUUUUUAUCAGAUUUAUUAUUCUUUUUUUUUAACUGGUUUGCUUUGUGUUCAUACAUUUGCUUGCUGCUUCAUUACGUUUCCUUUUUUCUCUUGCUGGUGUCUUUUUUUUAACUAGCAUUUUGAAAAUGUUUUGCCAACACUAGAUAUGCUUUUAUUUUUGUUUGAUUAAUAGUCAAGGAGCAUAAUAAUCAGUCAAGACAGUGAUCCACUCACAACAACAGUUAUGGGGAUACAAACACACUUGUUUUUUAUUUUUCCAGAAAAAUGACAAUGGCUGUGAAUAAUUUUUUGGCACUUCAUGCAGUAAACAUUGACUUAUUCUGUGAUGCUUUUAGGGAUAAUCACGAAAAGCAGAUCAGAGAGGGCUGAAUAAACUAACUUCAAGCCCACCAAUAGUCAUGGUGGUGACACCUGGUCUUGCAGCAACGCUCAACUAAGAAAAGACUGAGGGUCAAACCUUGACUGCUGCUGUAUGUUUAUGUCUUACCCACUGGCUAUUCUAAAAUAGGACUGGUAUUGACAGGGCAGCUCCAUGCCCAAAGAGAGUUUGUCCUGCUACGUCAGGCUCUGUUUGGGCAAACCCUGGUCAUACACAGGCUACGUCUCCAGAUCUGUGCGCCAUAGCCCAGGAAGAACUGUCCUCUGGGUUUUGGAUCGUCAGCAGUAAGGAGACAAAGCUCUGGAGACCAAUCAGAGCUGAGGGGGGUUGAGGUUUCAAUUCUUGUGAUGUUUUCACUCAAUAUGGAGUACAAAAAAAACAAACAAUAACAUGUGACUUCGUAGAUUUUGCACUCGUCGACUACCUUUCUGUGCAUGCUUAUCACCAUUUCUACAUGUAAGACCUUUCUCAGACGUACUUUUGAAUACUAACUCUAUUUAUGUAAAGGUCAUGUGACAGCAAUCAUAAUUUCAGUGUAUAUCAGAUGACACACUUAAUGUCUGUGCUUUCUUAAACACAAAAGAGAGCUGGUUCUUGAGAAGCAAAGAGAUUAAAGUCAGGGGAAAUGGUCCAACAUCGUAUGAUUCCCCGAAAAGGAACUAUAUGCCAUCACAACUGGACCUAAUAAUUAUUUCCUAGCUGUUAGCUUGAAGACUGGAGGGGAAAAAAAGAGAAUCUUCUGACUGAUAUCGUCUCUGUGUUUAAAAUCAAAUAGACUGUGGUGAAAUUUUGCACAAAACUUCUAUAUGUUACGUUUGUCAUCCCCUGGGCAGCCCGUUGAACACCCACCCUCCCUGGGUUUGACAUGUCUUUGCCUGUCGUCUCCUGAUUUGUCUUGCCUUCAGACUGUUCCAUCAGGGCAGCUGACAGGGGUGAUAUUGGUUUUCACAGCUGUGACUGUGCAGUGACGCAGCAUGCCUAUGUAUAGAACUUGAUUCCCCUGAUUAGAAAAAUGAAAGAAAAAAAAAACAGUUAACUCUCUUGUUUCUGUAACCAAUUCAGGAAAAAAAAGUUCAAUAAAAGUGUCAUGUUUGUAGUUAUUUUUUUAUUGGAUGUGGCU